UCUGUGCGCUCUCUGCUGAAUGUAAAUUCGCGCAGCGCUAAAACUGCAGCAGCAGCCAUCGUGGUGUAGACCGUAGUGUGCUGCGUGCGUGUUUAUUGUAAAAACGACUACUUACUAUACUACUGUGCGCCGCGAAACUGCGCUCGCUUAUAACUCUCUCUUCCUUCGUUAUUUCGACAACGAAUUUUUCUUUCUUUUUUUUUUUUAUGCAACAAUCGAGAGCGCGUGUGUAGUAUUUGUACAGUGCGCAAUUCGCAUGAGUGUGCCGCAACGUUUAGAGUUAGUAGUACAUAACGUGAAAGGCGCGCGAAAGGCGGCGGCCGUAUAGUAGCCGCCGCGCGUUAAAAAACUUCGGUGUAUACAGCAGUCGCCGAGCACAGCACAGCACAGCACAGUACAGCACAGCAGCGUUCAAUGAAAUAUUCAUAACGCGCCAAUAACGUUAGUAACGUAUGCGACGAGCCGCUGCCGAAAUCCCUUGGACGACGACGAUGAUACGGUUCUGGGAAGUUUAAUCAUCGGUUGGAGGGUGGUGCUGCUGUGCAGUUGUGCAGCUCCGAGAUUCAGAGUGCGUGUGUCGUCGAAAUAACAACCCGGCAACAUGUCUCGGCAUCUAGCACUGGCCCUGCUAGCGGCCAGCCUAUUGACCCUGAGCACAUUCAGCUCUGCCAGCGAAAAUCAAGUCGAUGAAGUGCUGCCACAUACAGGGCCUAACGAUAUAGAGCUUUUAGACAUUAUUGUCUCUCAGGAUCCUCAUGGGGUUGAAUCCGGUAGUACUCCGUCCCUCAUUUGUAAAACUAUAGAACCGUCUCCCAGUAUUUGGUGGAGUUACAAUGACAAAAAUCUGACCUCUGUCAAAGACUCAGAGUUUAUGGAGAGAUUGGAUAUUAAACAAGCUACUAGGCAAGAUAGCGGCAAUUAUACAUGUAAUUCUGUAUUAUCCUCUGGUUAUGUAUCAAAGACUAUUUACAUUAGGGUAAUAGAGCCAGCAAAAGUUGAAGCAAGUAAAAAAAUUAGAGUUAAAACAUCGGAGCCAAUUCAACUGACAUGUGAUUUUUAUGGCAAUCCUAUUUCUAAUUUUAAAUGGUCUAAAUCUAAUGAUGAUAAUCAGGAGCGCCUUAAAAAUAUGACCACUUGGUCGCAGGUCAACGAAACCCAUGUAUCGUUGACUCUUUCUUUCAAAAGUGCUACUCGCAAAGAUAAUGGUACAUAUACUUGUGGAGCUGAAGACUUUAAUGGUGCUGUGACUGCUGAGAGACAUCUUUUUGUUAUUGAUGUUCCCCUCAUUAAUAUUGACUUCCUUAAGACUGUUGGUGCUGGGAGUAUAUUUUUAAAUUGGACAGUCAACAAUGGUAAUGAACCAAUUGAGUCUUAUGUGAUUCAGUAUAUGAAGAAUGGCAGUGAAACUUGGCAAUAUCAUACUGAAUUAAUUAAUGGCAAAAACACUAGCUAUGUACUCAAAGGCUUGGAAAAAGGAGCAGCCUAUCAAGUUGGUAUAACAGCCAAAAAUAAAAUAGGAAAAUCUCAUUUGUACAUAGAUCCCACCUGGAUCAAAACAUUAGAAAAGGACCCUAUAUUCAUACCUGAAUUGACUGUGAAUGGUAUGACUCCAAACACAGCUACAAUUUCAUGGCAUCAGCCUCCACCUCAUUUGAAAGAACACAUUCAUUACUACAUCAUUGGUGCAAGCCAUGGCAAUCAGAACAGAGAAGCCAUUGCACCUGUUCAGCACAAUCAGCUCUAUUUAUUUGAAUAUCUAGAACCAGCAACAACUUAUAAAUUUAAAAUUUCAGCCUGCAAUGAGUACACCAAAGUAUGUGGUAAUUGGAGCAAAGAGGUUCAAGCUGAAACAUUAGAUGGAGUGCCAAGUGCUCCAAGAAAAUUGACUGUGUCAUGUCGUUUUGACAAUAUUAGUAGAACGAGUUUAAUGGCUAUAAAUUGGGAACCUCCAGAGAAAGCAAAUGGCAUAAUUAUACAAUAUAAAAUUGAAAUACAUGGCUCGGCUUUUUACAAGGAUGAGAACGGCCGUUCGAAGCAGGAGUACUUGAAGCCUUUCAUCGAACACGUCGAUAUACAAUACAAUACAUUUAGAAAGACACAACUGCCUCCGAAUACAAAUUAUACGAUUCGUGUGGCUUCUCAAAAUCGUCAACGAUUUUACGGAGAAGAUGCGAUAACGAACUGUAUGAUGCCCGCAACCGUCCCUGAUAAAGAUAAUCUGAAUUUGAACUCCAAGUCUUGGGACAAAGUUGCGAGUCAGGAUCGACAAUUGUUCACGAUUUACACGCGAAAAAUCUCCGAGAGAAACGGGCCUAUCUGCUGCUAUCGAAUUUUCGUGGUCAAACUCGCGCCUCAUAAAAUGUUGGCCGACCUUCCGCAACCCGAGGAACUGUCCGUGUUUUCUUAUCAAUACGUGCAUCAAUCGCCGCUCGGUGGCGCGUAUCUCGCGGAAGUAUUCGACGGGUCUUACCUGCCCCCUGAAAUUUUCAUCGGAGAUGGUAUCUCUCAAAACGGAAGUGACGCCUGUCAACGUUGCGUUGGGCUUCGCCAGAAACGCAUACCGACUUUGUUAUCUUUCGUACCUGAGAACGGCAACUCCUUGGAUCAAGACACGCAGCCUAGCACUCAGAUAGCGGAACCAACGACUUCGUCGCCUAGUUACACUCUUACGAAUGUUGUAAAUUAUACUCAUCUCACCACGCCCCCACUGCCGAUGACCGCCGAGACUGAAAGUAUUUUGCGCGAUAAGCGCGAGGAUGUACCUCACAAGGACGAUUACGAAAGCUCCUUGAUGCCCUACGACGGCGUCCUAGAUGAUAAAGCUAACUAUACUGCAUUUUUAGAAGUUAUUGUUUACGGAACAGAAAAGGAUACGUAUUUACCUGCAUACAGUGGCUAUUUACCGCCGCUCUUUGGAGGCAUCGAUCCGAAACUCGUGAUGGAGGAUGACAUGACGACUUUUGGUGUCAUUUUACAAAUCUCCCUUGUAUUAAUCAUGGUAAUAAUCGUGUUGUUGAUUACGCUUUGCGUUCUGCAUCGUUACUCGAAGCGAGUACAGCAGCGCGGAGAAGAAAUAAUAACUCUCAGAAAUAGUUUUCGGCAUUUAUGUCAAAGUCUGCGAGGAAGACAUCAGCUCGUCGCAGCUACUCCGCCAGAUAUGCCUCCGAUACCGAAAAAUGAUCUGCUGCAAGCAUACUUGGAGAGACACCGAGAUUCUGAUUAUGGAUUUCAACAUGAGUUCGAGCUCUUGCCCGAUCGAUUUUCCGAUCGCACGACCCGGGCUUCCGAGGCGCGCGAGAAUAUUUACAAAAAUCGUUAUCCAGACAUCAAAUGUUACGAUCAGACGCGUGUUCGCCUGGCUCAAGUCGAUGGCAUAAUCGGAUCCGAUUACAUUAACGCCAACUUCGUGCUGGGCUACAAAGAGCGCAAAAAGUUUAUUUGCGCGCAGGGCCCCAUGGAGAAUACGGUCUGCGAUUACUGGCGAAUGAUAUGGGAGCAGCAUCUGGAGCUCGUAUUGAUGCUGACGAAUCUCGAGGAGUACUCGAAAACGAAGUGCGCCAAGUACUGGCCCGACAAGGCCGAGACGAAAAAUUUCGGAGAGAUCACCGUCGAGCACGUCGGUGAGCACAAGUUCUCGGAUUACGUUGUGCGCGAGCUCAAAAUGACCAAGACCGGCGAGCGUGACUCACGAAAGAUCGUUCAAUAUCACUUUUUGACUUGGAAAGAUUUCAUGGCUCCCGAGCACGCCAGCGCGAUUCUGAGGUUCAUCAAGCGGGUGAACGAGGCGUACUCGCUGGAGAAAGGGCCCAUCUUGGUGCAUUGCAGCGCGGGCGUAGGCAGGACCGGAACUCUGGUCGCGCUCGACUCUUUAAUGCAACAGUUGGCCGACGAGGGUCAGGUGUCUAUAUUCAAUACCGUUUGCGACUUGAGGCAUCAGAGAAAUUUCUUGGUCCAGUCAAUGAAGCAAUACAUUUUCAUCUAUCGAGCUCUGAUGGAGCUCGGGCAAUACGGGGAUACGGAGUUGGCUGCGACGUCGCUCAAAGGAGCUGUUGAUAAACUACGCCAGCGAGAAAACGGCAAAGAGAAAUGUCGAAUGGAAGAGGAAUACGAUAAAAUAACUGCCGUAAUUGAAGAUAGGAAAUCAUUUUCCGCGGGAGGUGGCGAAGAAAAUAAAAAUAAAAACAGAAACGAGUCGAUCAUACCUUAUGAUAGAAAUCGAGUUAUUCUGACUCCUGUGCCAGGCAAAGAGCACUCGACAUACAUAAAUGCAUCGUUUAUCGAGGAUUACAAUAACAAGGAAUCGUUUAUUAUUGCGCAAGAUCCGUUAGACUUAACGAUUCCCGAUUUUUGGCGAAUGAUAUCCGAGCAAUGUAUAUCUACAAUUGUCAUGCUUUCAGACUUGGCCGAUGGACCCCGUAAAUGUCCGCGCUACUGGCCUGACGAUGAAAUAUCUUACGAUCACAUUCGAGUUCGUUACAUUCAAAGCGAGAGUUGCCCAUACUUCACUCGACGCGAAUUAUGUGUGACUAACACGAAGAACGAUGACAAUGUCGUCGUAACCCAGUAUCAGUAUCACGGCUGGCCAACAGUCGAGGGUGAAGUGCCAGAAGUUACAAGAGGAAUAAUCGAACUCAUCGAUCAGACACAGACCAAUAAUACUCAAGCAACGGGACCGCUUGUCGUUCACUGCAAUCACGGUUCGGACAGGAGCUCAAUGUUUGUUGCUUUGAGUAUACUGGUACAGCAAUUGCGCUCUGAAAAGAGAGUCGAUAUCUUUACGACUGUGAAAAAGCUGAGAUCCCAACGACAAGGAAUGAUUACAACCUUCGCUCAGUACGAAUUCCUUCACAGAGGGAUCGUUAAUUAUUUAGAUUUACAUAAUUUGGCGGAAGAAAAUGAAACGGAACCUCAGUGAGAACCAACAAGUCCAUAAACUAUCUGAUAUUCUCAUUAGACAUCUUGCCAUAACUAAUUACCUAAUGGGCAUAAUACAUUUUAAUUUACUAUAGAGUGAUUUUAUAAAAAAACUUUGCUUUUUUAAUCCAUUUUAUGCAGUAAGCGACCUUAGAGGUAAGAAGCCCCAGGAUAAAAGUUUAGUUUAGAAUAGAUUUUUCGAGUUUUUUUUAUGAAAAAAAGUAAUACAUUAUUUAGUUGACGAUCGUGAGUUUUUAUUUAGUCGUAAUUAAAUUUGAUACUCAAUAAAACGAUAAACAUAAAUGAAGAAUUCCACUACUGCACAAAAGAAAAAAAGUUUUUCUAAAAUAUUGUCUGCUAUAUUUUUCAUUGAAUAUCUGUCAUUGACUGAUGAAAAAGUAACAAUAAUGAGCAGUUUUUGAAAUAUUUUUCAUGACUGUUUGAGAGCAAUGAAAUGCAUAAUCUCUCUUAAAGAAUGUAUAUUUAUAUACUUAUACAAAUUUUGUAAUAAAUUUUAUAAGCAGAAUGACAAGUUUUGCAAUAUUUUAGAGAAACUAAUAAGUAUGAUAUUUUUAAAGAGCUUGUCUGCCAAAGUGUGAGAAAUGAUGGGUACAAAAUAUUUUGUGUCAAUGAACCAUCAUCGUUAAUUAAAACCAGCGUUAAUUUUUAUGACUUUGAAUACUUGUAAUCUUCAAACUUAUGAUAAUCAUGUUUAAGCUUUAGGAAAUCAAGGUGUGCAUACGAGAUUAUAGCGUACGAUCUAAUACUUAUAUAAAAGUUGCAUACGAAAGAGUAUGUUAAGUGAGCACUGAUGCUUAGCUUUUUAUGAGUUGACGCAAGAGGCCUAUGAAAAUCACCGCCUUUUUUCUUAUCUGCACUAUACUAAGCGUCGGUCAAUGCACGACUCUUUCCGACUCCAUUUUUGUAAAGGAAAUCAAUAAUUUAAACUUGUUAUACGUGCACAAAUAAGAUUGGAUUCUACAUUAUCGGAUUAGCGAAUGUAGCGAUUCCAAAGUCAUUUUAUAUUAUAUCUAACAACUAGAAGUGAUGAAGCUUCAUACUAUUGAAUAACUCUUGAUGAUAAGAAUUUUACCGCUGAUGAAUGUAUAAUUCUUCUUUUUUUUAUAUAUCUGCGCACUUGUGAUUCGUAGCGACGAUUUUUCGUGUAUACGAGUCGCAGCUACCAAUGCCGAUUUUUUAAAAAUAUUUUUUAUUGUAUUAUAUUAUAAGCUAGAGUCUUAAGCUCAUCUAAUAUACGUAAUUUUAUUUUGUAUCAUAGGUCAAAAAUCAUUUAGGCGGAUGUUUUAGAAAAAAACCAAUUUAUCUUGUAAUUUUUCCGAUACGUAACAAUGAUCAUUUUGUUGAAUUUUUAAAGUAAUCUUUCAAUUUUUCUAGUCAACGUUGAAUUUUGUACCAUGGAAUUCUCUUGUCAACGGUACGUUAAUUAUUGUAUACAUAAACAAAAGAAAAAAACCAAGCGUAAAGUCAUUCAUAUACAUUCGAUUCGAAUUUAGUGAAAAAAAAACUGGAAAAAUUGUAUAAAUUUUACAGGUCGUAUAAAUUAAGGAAAAGAUGAGAAA